UUGUGAAAAAAAAACACAUAUUCCUAACCUCAAUGAUCUAAUUAGCCAUCAAAACAAAUUCACUAACGCGUUUAAAAAAGAAAAUAUCAUUAUAAAUUGCGCCAAGUGGAAAUAUUUGACCCCUACUGACAGGCGACUAAAACUCAUUUUUAUAAGCGUAUCUCCAAUCCUGCUGAUUUUAAGCCUAAUUGGUAAUGGGGCAGGAUUGUAUGUCGCGAUGAAAGACAAACCUUCAUAUAUUACGGUGCAGUUGAGCAGAGCGUUUUACGCGAUUAACAUCUUAAAUUGUUUCUUCAUGUUUCUCUACCCCAUCUUGGAUACCUUAUCGGAAUAUCAUUUGGCUGCUUUUUGGCUGCGGAGACCUUGGAAGGAGUAUCUGUCAAGUUAUCAUUUUCCUUUGGCUAAAACCUUUGUCAAUUUUUCUUUCAUGAUCUACCUUCUGUUCGCCUUAUCGCAAAUGUUGGCCACCGUGCAUCCACAUUUUUAUAGGCGUCACGUUACUGUGUUUAGAGUGAGAGUAUUAUUGUGCUUGUGCUUUUCUUAUAUCCUACUUUGGUUCAUACCUUCGGGAUGGUGGUUCGAUAAUAUUCAACUCAGUUAUAUAUGCGGACCGGACAAUUAUACGAUCUAUACUAGGCAGUUCGCAUUUUACUACCCUGCUGCUAAAAAGCGUUGGAUUAUAUACGGAUUUACUAGGGAAGUUUUUACUAAAUUUUUACCUAUUUGCGCGAUAGUAUUUUUCAAUUAUCAUUCACUCAGGCGCCAAAAGACUCUAUUAAAUUGGAGAAUGGAAAAUAUGAACACCCGUGGUUCUCUUCCAACUGCAUCCAAUUCAGCAAGAGUGUUUGCUAAUCGCGCAAUAAAUGAUAACGUUAUCCAAAGGGAAGAACCAUCAAGGGCGUCCGAAAUUAUGGAAUCAUUAGGCAAUUCCGCCAUUAUUCCAAAUAAGAACAAGCUGAUCACGAUAACCAAACUAAUCAACCCGCACUUGGUAUUCAAUUUAAUCAUGCAAAGAAAUCCGCGUCGCGUCUCUACUACUCGUAAGUUGGAAAGGAGGCGUAAAAAUUUAAACGUAGGUUUUAGCGUGCUGCUCAUCUUGCUGCUGGAAUUUUUUAUCUUUUUGCUUCCCGUUUCCGUUUACAUAACCACUGUGGACUUUUACGAUCAUUAUUUCUCAACCUUGGAUUUUGAUAUAGCUUUCGCUACCUGCACACUCUUGGAGUACAUGUACAUAUCACUAACCUUCUACAUAAAUAUAAUAGUGAAUCCUGCUUAUAAAGAAGAAGUUAUCAAGAUUUUUAAACUCUCUCUAUUGUACAAGUAUCCUUGUAAUCUCUUUAAAAAAUUUGUCCCCGAUAAUAGAAUUUCACCUUGAACAACGGGAAAUUAUAGCGUUGUUAUUGUCGCAUAACUUUUAGCCAAUUCCAAUAAA